AUGGCCCAGAUGGGUGUGCCAAAAGGAUGGGACAAGUUGUCUGUAUCUAUAGUCUCUUUAGAGAACGGGAAGGCCAUUGCGAAGUCAGGGAAAGCUCUUGUGCGCAAUGGGAGUUGUCAGUGGACUGAAACUUUGUCGGAAUCUAUUUGGCUCUCAGUACAUGAUGAAUCUUCAAGGGGAAUGGACGAUUGUCUCUUCAAGCUUGUUGUUGCCACGGUCACAAUUCACUGUUUGACACCAAGGGCUAUGAGGGAUGAACAAUCAAAUAGCGAAAUAGCUCACAAGGAAGAUCCGAAUGCAGACUCUAGUGCUACUGACAUCAACUCAGAUAGUUCUGGUAGCAUAUUUGCAAAAAGCCUUGGGUCCUCCUCAAGUAAAGAUUUGGAUUCUACUGUCCACCAAGGAGAAUCAGGAAAUGGACCUCCUGAAGCUGCAGAAGACACAAUCAAUGAGCUUUAUGAAGAAGCUAAAAUGUGGGAGAGGGAUGCACGAAAACUAAUGGUUGAACUGGAUUUACUGAGGAAAGAACUCUCUGAGCAGUCCAAAAAUCAAGCAACUCUGGAUAUAGAACUUGCAGCUGCAAAUGCAGAACGGGAAGGGUUGAAAAAAGAAGUUGAUGGGCUGAAAUUAUUGGUGGAGAAAUUGAAUGAAAAACAAGCAGUUCUAGAGGAUUCAACAAUUAAUGGUGAAUAUGCGAUGAACAUUCAAAAUGAGUUGGAAAAUGAAAUUAAAGUUUUGAAGGAAUACAAUGCUAACCUGGCAUUGCAGUUGAAGGGGAGUCAAGAAGCAAAUAUUGAGCUCAUUUCUGUUCUUAAGGAGCUUGAAGAGACCACAGAAAAGCAGAGGACUGAGAUACACAAUAUUUUGGACUUGCAAACAAGAUUCAGUGACAUGGUAGAUUCUAUCCGAGAGAAAGAUGAGGAAAGAAAGAAGCUAAUGCUCCAGCUGCAACAAUCACAGCAAUCAGAGAAGGCCUUGCAGGCUCAGGUGCAAUUUCUGGAACAAGCCUUGGAGGAACAGAACAGGACCAUCCAUAAUACCGAGAGAUUGACCAAGCUGAACUUUCACAAUACUUACACUGAAACAGAAUACAGACAUGAGUUAUCCGCUAAAGAAGAAGAAAUCUUCAGUUUGAAAGCAAAAUUAUCUAAGUUCAUAAAAGAUGACGAAGAAUUAAGUUCUGCAGAAAUGGAGUCUAAGAAUAUAGGUGAUGCCAGUCUGAUAAGGGAAAUUGAAUCCCUGAAAGCAAAACUAGAGGAGCUAGAAAGAGAUUGCGAUGAGCUGACUGAUGAAAACCUAGAACUCUUGUUCAAGAUUAAGGAAAAAGUGGCAAAUUCCCAAGAUGAAAAGGAAUCUAGCAUGAAUUAUAUGGGAGAGAAGAUAAAAAGGAAAAUUAGAGAUGAUUAUAAUCUCUCAAUUCAAGAACUUGAGAGUUUGAAAAUGGAACUAGAGGCUGAAGUAAAAAAGCUAGAUAAGGAACUUGUUCAAAGAAGGGCUGAGAUGGAAAAACUUGAGGAUAAAUUGCUGUCAAAAGAAGAGGAAAAUGUGGGUCUUAGACAGUCUCAAUAUGAACUGCAAGUAAAGUUCUCAAAUCUUCUAAAAGAUAAAGUCCUACUAGAAGAAAACAUGGAAAUUGCUCAAAGAGAAACUGAUGUAGCAACCAAAUGCUUGAAUGAAUUGCGAAGGGAUUUUUCUGUGCUCAGCAGCAGCAUGGACUC